AAUCACUGCAGGCCAGGGGGAGUUGAUAUUAAGGCUCUGCUCUCUGAGUGGCUGGCUGUUGGUUUGGGUCUGCCAACCAGCUCUUGACUUCACCACAUGCACAACAGAGAGAUGGCUUUCAGUUUUCAGCACGUGCGUGCAACUUUGUCCACGCAUGGUUGAGUUGGUAUCAGGCUGCGGAGAAUCUAGAGAAUGAUCAUUCUCAACCAGCAGGUAGCGUUCAGAACAAAGAUUGGACUGCACUCAAGCGGGGCUUUGCACAACGACGCCGCCUCCCAGAAUCUGAGGAAUUUACCUGAGUGUGGACAAAAAAUUCUCCAGUUACUGAGCAAGGAGAACCUGCAUGGAAUUAUGCAUGAGUGACUGUAGGAUAACAUUGAAUGGCACUAUGCUGCCAUGAUUGGAAACAUACAUGUACCUCCACUGACAGUGCAGGAAGCGAUCCCAAGGAUUUCUCUUGCUAACCAAAGAUUUCUCUGCCUAACACAAACCUGCAUGGAUAUUAGUGCUUGAUUCUGCACAAGUACACUUUUCGUUAACGUGGGGUUGUCCGUUCUUGUCUCUGUUUCUCUCUCAAACUCAAGAAAAACUGUCCCGGUUGCUUCUGAUUAAUCUAGCAAGCAUCUGUUUCUCAUUCUGGACAAAAUCAGGUCCAUGUGUUUCACCAGUGCUUUUCUUGUUUCCAAAUGAGGAGCAGCCAUACCAUUUCUGUUGGAAUUUAAAUUUCUUGGGAGUUGGGGAGGAUUUGCCUGGCCUUCAUUAUGGGUCUCCAGAUGUUAGUUCAAGUCAGACUGGUCUUCUGGCUGGGAUGCACUCUUUUGGUUGCCAGUGCAGUGUCACCACUGUGGUCAAACUGGGAGGAGUGGACCAACUGCUCCAGACAGUGUGACUGGGGAGUAUCACUGCAGAAACGCAGAUGCCUACAAGGAGCUUGCCAGGGACCAGAAAAGAGAUACAGAACCUGCAAAAUCACAGACUGUCCUCCUGGUACCCCAGACUUCAGGGCACAGCAGUGUGCCCUCUCCAACAAUGAGAGCCACACCGAUGGGAAGAUGUAUCACUGGAUCCCGGUGGAGGGCCUCCCACCAGACCAGCAGUGCACGCUUACCUGCCGGGCCCAGGGAACGGACAUGACCAAGGUCCUGUCACCCAAGGUGCUGGAUGGCACCAUGUGCUCGGCCGACUCCAGAGACAUGUGCAUCCUGGGACGCUGCGAGCCUGUUGGUUGCGACCACCAGCUCAACUCUACCGCGACCCUGGACAGGUGCGGUGUUUGUAAUGGCGACAACAGCACUUGCAGGCUGAUGAAAGGGAAUCGGCAUACCUCGCCCUCUGCAUCAGAUGCUACCGGUAUCAAGGAACUGUUCACCAUUCCUGAAGGCAGCACAUCUAUCAGACUGACCAGCAAAGGUUCCAACUAUCUCGGCCUGAGAGGGCUAUGGAGUAGGACCAGCCUCAACCAGAAACCACCUCCGGUUGGUUCUGGGGAAUACAGGAUAGGAGACAAUGUCUUGCAGUACACCAGCUUGCAGAGUGGCCGAGAACACGCUGAUAUCGAAGGGCCUCUUACUGAACCCAUCAUUGUAUUUGUUCUUUUCAGCCAGCCCUUAGCAGAGCCAGAGACGGUUCAUUACCGCUACCUCGCACCAAUCAAAUAUGGCUGGAGAAGUAAUAGAUGGUCUGAUUGCUCGGUGACAUGUGGAUCAGGGGAGCAGCAACGAGUAUAUGUUUGCAUCAAUUUGUCCUCGGGGCUACGGGAACCAGACAGCAGCUGUGAGCUGGCUAGACCGCAGGUUGAGAGAAGACCCUGCAACAGGCAGUUAUGCCCGCCAGAGUGGCAACCUGAUCCCUGGCAGCCCUGCUCAAGGUCCUGCAGCGGUGGGGUCCAGACCAGAAAUGUUUACUGUGUGGAGAGGGCUCCUAACAACAUGCUGAUGCGAGUAGACGAGGAUAUGUGCUCGGGCAGCAGGCCACACAGCAAGCAGAACUGCAACCUGGAACCCUGCCCGCACUGGAUGACUGGCAACUGGUCUCAGUGUUCCGUGACCUGUGGGCAAGGCAGUAAGCAGAGGAAGGUGUCUUGUCUGAAUAGCCAACAUGAGUCGUCAAGUGGUUGUGAUCCCCGAAAGCAACCGUCCCUGACGAAAGCUUGUGUUGUCGGGGUGCCUUGUGUAAGGGGACCAGAGACCUCAUCUCCCCAAAUGGUUAUUCAUCUUGAGAACCCCAACCAACCAUUUGAAAGAUCUUCCGUGCCCAGUUACCAUGCCACUGACUGGGGGCCAUGCAGCGUCACCUGUGGCCGGGGCACCACCACCAGGUCAGUGCGCUGUAAAGUCUACCUGCCCUCCAACCAGAUGCUCAAGGACUUGCCGGACGCAGAGUGUGCCCACCUCCAGAAACCAGAUGCCGCUGCCGAGUGUGAGAGACCGGAGUGCUCACCCGAGGACGGCAGCCAAUUUGAGGACAACACGGUCCCCGCUAGCGAGUUUGACGGGGGCCCACUUCAGGUGCAGUUUGUGUGGCGGUACGUGGGAUUCAGCGAGUGCAGUGCCUCGUGUAUUGGAGGCGUGCAGGAGUCGUUGAUACAGUGCAUGCACAUUGAUGGGGAGACACCUGUCAGUGACACACUGUGCGACAUCACCUCCAGGCCAGAUAUAUUCACCCGGGUCUGCAACGACCAGCCUUGUCCACCAGCAUGGGAAGUGCCCUUGUACAAGGAGUGCUCGGUAUCCUGCGGAGGUGGUAGCCAGUACCCUCUUGAAGUCCUCUGCAUGCAGACCAUGGCCAUGGGAGUGGGCAACACAGUGGUUCUGCCAGACUCUGACUGUGACCAUCUGCCCCUGCCUAGUGGUCCAGUACCCUGUGGGCAGGUGGACUGUCCUGCGUACUGGCAAACAGGAACUUGGUCGGAGUGCUCCAAGUCUUGCAACGGUGGCAUCAGAUCACGACGUGUCACCUGCAAGAAAAGGCUGAAGACCGGAGUGGAGUCCAUAGUAGACUGGCACCAGUGUCCACUGACGGCACCACUGAGCACGGACUCUUGCAACAUGGGACCAUGUGAACCUGUGCACGAGUGGAGACCACAGGAAUGGUCAGAGUGCUCAGUCACAUGUGGUGUUGGUAUCAAGGUGAGGCCCAUAACGUGCAUUAGACGAGACCCCGACGGAACGACUGCCCUGGCGGAUUUCAGGUUCUGCCCGAGGUCCAAUCAGCCGGCACAUAGAGAAUUCUGCCAGCUAAGCCCCUGCACAGAGCCGAGAAUCCUGGCUAACCACACCACCUACCACCAGGUGGGCUUCAGGAGCAAGCUCCGCCUCACCGUGGGCAUGACGGCCCACGUCAACAGAGGGGUGACCGUCACGGUCAAGUGUCCAGUCAAGCACUUCAAGAAGUCCAAGCUCAGGUGGCAGCGGGGGCCACAGGAGAUCACGACCGGCAACGCCAGGGCAAAGGUCCUGCCAGAAGGAACGCUGCGGAUACGACGAGUCAAGGAGGCCGACCAGGGGGUGUACAGCUGCAUUGCUGGAACAGCCAAGGAGAGGUUUACAUUACACAUCAGAGAUUUGGAGGAGCUUAGAACUGGACCAUCGCUUUUUGGACCCAGGUGGAUCAUCAGCAACUGGACCGCAUGUUCGGCCAGUUGUGGAGGGGGCAGCCAGACGCGGUCCGUGGUGUGCCAGCACACCUCAAUACUGGGCCGCUCCAGGCCCGACUUGGGUCGGGCGUGCCGGGUGCAGGGACUGGGCUCACCGGAGAUGACCAGGGAGUGCAACACUCACAGCUGUGAGCCCCACUGGGCUACAGGGUCUUGGCAAAAGUGUUCUGCCCAAUGUACCGAAGCAUUUGUUGGGAGUCAGUUCCGAGAGGUUUACUGUGAGGGCAGCCAACGCGAGCUAAUACCAGACAGUCUGUGUGACAAUGCCAUGAGACCUUUAACUCGGCAACCUUGCCAGCACAUCCAGUGCAGUCCUGUGUGGCGGACCUCGGAGUGGAGCUCUUGUUCAGCAACCUGCGGCUCACAAGGCAUACAGACAAGAACACUUCAGUGUACGUACUCUGGGACGGGAGAGGCGGCAAACACUAUGGCCUGCGUCAGUAUUAAACAGCCUGCCAUCACACAGAGAUGCCACAAUCUACCAGAAUGCCCAAAAGAUACUUGUGAGGACAGCAUUGCCUUCUGCAGUCUCGUUAAGAGGAUGAACAAGUGUCAUCUAAGUGCCUAUCAGUUAUCCUGCUGUAAGACCUGCUCGUAGGAACAUCUUUGAUAGACACCACAAAUGUGUCCAGUGGUCCAUAAUAUUGGUCUGGCUAUGCCAGUGCACCAAAUGCUGCAGGAACAAAAUGUUCCUUUUCAUUCAAGAACAUCUUUUGAAGACUGGGCAAAUGUGUGCAGUUCUUGUAGUCAAGCAUGGAGUAACGGAUUGCGCUUUUCGAAUUUUCAAGCAAGGCAAUUUUUUUUGGCCUGUGAUUUAUUUCAACUUUGAAAUUUACCAAAACUCCUGUUGACUUUCUGCAUGGCUGGCAAGGCGUAAUUGGACAUCUGCUUAAAAAGGCUUAACAUUUCCAGAAUUUCGGUAAUUUUCAUUAGUAAUUUCGCCCUUUAAGAUUGUGCGUGGCGUGAGAGAUGCUGUCAGUUUUGUUUUGUUUUGUGUUUUUUGGUGAGGAAGUCAGAUUGUUUUCAACAUAUUCACGUUUAGAUCUGCCAAAUGAAAUUCACAGUAGUCACUACAAGGUAGUUCACUACUUCCAAGAAUCUGAAUAGGCGACCUCUGAAAUGGGCUCAGUUGAGAAGAAGGUGAAUAUUUGUAUGCAGUACUCUGAGAAGAUUCAUUGUUUCAUCGUUCAGUUUUUUAAUAUGUAUUCUUUGUUAAAUGUGCUGUAUAUGUUUAAUAAAUUAUAGACUGCUAGCAAGUAAUAAAAUUCAUGCAGUUCCUGUACGCUGUCCGCAUUAACCAAGUUAAUGUCUGUGGAUUUGGUGGAAGGUUGUUUGUUCUUGUUUGUUUUUUUCAAUCUGAGUGGGCAAACCUCAAAGAAUCUUCAUUUUGCAGUAGGAUUUAACGAUCAAUUCUAAUUACAUGUAUGUCCUUUUUUUGUAGAAAAUCUGGUGUCUUUGAAUCCUAUCAUUGUAAUCCACAUACAGAUACAAUCAAGCUUGGUUUGUCCUUUGAUCCAUCAAUUUGAUAAGAUAUAAAUAUGUUGAGAAAGUUGGCCAUUCCUGACAGUAGACUUAUUUCAAUUACUCCAAGGUCAGCUUUUGUGUUAGGUUCCAACUUUGUGUUAAUAUUGUAUGUGCCAUACAAAUUCAACAGUGUGUAAAACUUCACCGUUAUAUGUAACCCAUCUCUACAAAAUGAGCAUAAAGCCAAUCUCUGCUAUUUCUUAUUGUGGCAGUUCAAAGCCAAAAAUAUUUGGAAAGAGAACCCUUCUAUUUAAUUCCAAAUUGUUAGCACAAUCGGAUACUUAAAAAUGUCAUUUUCUAACCAAGUUUGACAAUAGCGUUAUUCAUGCCUGGUCAGAAAUUUUGAAUCAGUGUCAGAAACAAAGACGCAAAGCUGCCAGAAAAAUGUCACAUUGUCACCUUACUGUUUAUACCACUAGAAAGCUCUUUUUCAGCUGAAGUCAAAAAUACCAAUAUCUCAAUUUCGACAAUUCUGACUUUCAGCUCAUUUUGUGGUGACAGGUCACAUAUUAUGGUUAAUGUAGUCAGUGCCUGUUUUGCUCUCUUGGAGCAAAACCACAGAUGUAUUUAAUUUGAAUCUUUCAAGACAAUAAAGAAGACUGCCAUCUUGUCCCAUUGAUGCUGUUUGGUUUUCAAUCAAAUAAGACUGAAAUUUUGUAUAUUUAUAGUAUUGAUUCUUUUCUUUAUCGCUUGAUUUUGUGAAAGAGGUGUUCUACCCGUUAACAGAAAAUAACUAAAUAUUAAUAAAUUUACAAAGGACCAAAAACAAAUGUUUUGGAUUUCACUCAAUAAUGAACACCUUUUCAAUUUAACAUGCACAUCAUUUUGCCUAUAGGUAUCAUUCUAAUCCUUUGCGACAUUAACUUCUUUCACUGGUUUUUAAUUAAAAGAAAAACAAUAUUCUCGCUGUAUAUUUAUGCUUAGCCGAAUCAACUUAGAGCUACUGGUUAGUUAGUUCAAUAUUUCGUCAUUAAGAGUGGUUUCUGUACAGAUAUAUUUAUUCUGCCAGCUUAAUGCGACCUUUAACAUUUUGUAUUUAUGUGUGUAAAUAUGCAACAGCAUUAAUUGCUAGAGGUCCAAGUACAUAAUGUUAGGUUUUCUGGAAUCGACAAAGGGUUUGGAAGUAUUUCUUGCAACUCUCCCCACCCUGAUUAAAUUUGUAAAUUUACUGUCAAUAAGUCCGUCUAUACUGGAAUAGACACACAUCAAAAAGUUGCCAUUACAAGUAUAGAAGUGUUUUGGUAAAUUGUUUAUUUUACGUGGUUACUGCUGUUGUAGGACCUAAAAGUAUUUUUGGAAAAGAAAUGUUUAUGAAUUUUUAUUUUUUACACGUAUGCCCUGCUAUGUUAUGAUUGUGUUUAAUUCAUGAACUACAAAAAUUAACUGUGAUGCAAGGUGAAAAAUAAGCACAGGGUUUAACAACUCGAGUUUUAUUAUUCAUUAUAAACAUGAAGACAAGAGAACAGCUUUGAGAUGAUUAGCGCCCUCUGUGUUAACAGUUUUUUGGGGACGAGGAAGUCGCAGCAAAUGUUGUGUGGUACCAAGCAACCGCACUUGUAAACGAUGCAAGGCUAAUUUAAUUAAUGUAAAUUGAAUGGAAGAAAAGAAUGUUUAUCUUAAAGCAUUGGAGAAAAUUUGACGAAGUAAUUAUUCCCAUGAUGACAGAUUGGCACGUAAAUGAAGAAAUGUAUACCGUGACAAGAUUAGCGAGCAGAAAUGCCUUGCGACAUCGUUAGAAUAGUUUUUCAAGAUUUGCUUAUAAACCUUAGAUUAAAAAGAUGACGGCUUCUUAGGUAAAUUUGCCUCACGCUGUUGACUUUCGAGUUGACUGUACACUCAUGCUGGACUAAAGUUACACAAUAAAACAUGAAAUAUGCUGAAA